AGCAAUGAAAUUUCACUUUAAACACAAUCAGAAACCAUAACUGACUUCAUAUAUUUAUCAAGUCAACUCAUGGCUGCCAGUUUCUGGACACAAGCUAAUGCUCUAUUGAGGAAGAACCUUAUCUUUCAGAAAAGAAAUCGAAAAACUAGUAUAAGAAUCAUCGUGUAUCCGAUAAUUCUCUGUGUGUUACUAGUUUUGAUUCAGAGCUUGAUCAACAAUGAGUUGCAUAAAUCUAAGUACAAAUGUGGUUGUACUUGUGUUGAUAAAAAUGGCAAUGGUUCAUGUGAGACAGUCUGCGGAAUUCAGUAUUCGACUCUGGAUCAAGUCGAUAGUUGUUCGGUACCGAGCCCAUUUGAAUGGCCUGUAUUACUGCAAGUUCCUCGGCCGGAAUACCGUGCAGUACAAAACAGUUUUGAUACGUUUGCCGGUUUACCGGAGAAAUCUUGCAGAGAUUCUGAGUCAUGUCCUGCCACUGUGCUUUUCACUGGAGGCAAUGAAUCACUAGCAAACAGUUUGGCAGCAAAUUUGUUCACAAAUGUUGCAUCUUCAAACCUUUCAGAUUACUUGAGUGCAUUCUCAGAGCUCAUUCCUGGAACAGAUACAGUGAGUGGAGAUACACAGUUUAUUGAUCCUGCUUUUAUUUAUGGUAGACCAAUAUACACAAACCAACCUCAAUGCAUCUCAAAUUCGAAUCGAGAAUUUUCAUUUAAGAUUGAUACUGUUACCAUGCAAGAAGAUUUAGAGUGUGUUCGAGGAUUGCCAUUAUGGCGUCGUUCUUCAUCUGAUGUAAAUGAUGAGCUGUUUAAAGGUUAUCGAAAAGGGAAUGCUGAAAUGAUGAUCAAUGAAGUAAUGUCUGCUUAUGAUUUUUUGGAGACCGAUGACAGAAAUUUUCAUGUGAAUGUUUGGUACAACUCAACGUAUCAAAACACAAGUGUUUGGGACACUACUCCUGGAUUACUACGUGUUCUUCGAUCGAUAAAUAUUGUUUCUAAUGCAUACCUUCAAUUCUUGAAAGGUAGUGGUGUGAAGGUGUUAUUUGAAUUCACAAAAGAAAUGCCGAAAAUUGCAACACAGCUUUCAUUUGAUUUUUCUUCUCUUCUCGGUCCACUCUUCUUCAAAUGGGUCAUCGAACUACUUCUCCCGGUUAUACUGACAUAUUUGGUGUAUGAGAAGCAACAUAAACUGAAAAUUAUGAUGAAAAUGCAUGGACUUGAAGAUGGUGCUUAUUGGGCGAUAUCUUAUGCUUAUUUCCUACUUUUAUCGACAGCAUACGUUGUAUUUUUCAUGGUAUUUGGUUCUCUGAUUGGUUUAAAAUUUUUCAAGCUGAAUGAUUACAGUAUUCAAUUUGUGUUUUACUUCACUUACGUAAAUUUGCAAAUUGUGCUUGCAUUUCUUGCAACAACAUUCUUCUCCGAUGUUAAAACUGCAGAAGCAAUUGCAUACAUUUAUAUAUUCGGGACCGGAUUCGUUGGAGGUUAUCUUUUGCCUUCUUUUAUUCAAGACACAUCAUUUCCAAAAAAUUGGCUCAUUGUCAUGGAGCUCCUUCCCGCAUUUUCGUUAUAUCGAGGACUAUAUGAAUUAAGCCAGUAUUCUUUCAGUGGGGAUUAUAUGGGAACUCACGGAAUGCAAUGGACCGAUUUAAGUGAUCAUUUGAAUGGAAUGAAGGAUGUAUUGAUUAUCAUUGUCGCAGAAUGGUUAAUUCUCCUUCCUUUUGCUUAUUAUAUCGAUAGAACUGCUUCUAGAGGUAACAUAAGCAUGAAAGGCCUUUUUUCGGUUUUACAAAGAUUUCUGACAAAGAAAUCAAUAAGUACACAAAGAAGUGAAUCAGGAAAAGUUUUUAUUGAAAUGGAGAAACCUGAUGUUAUUCGAGAAAGGGAAGUGGUUGAACAUUCACUACUUGAAUCAAGAACUAGUCAUGCUGUCAUUUGUGAUAAUUUAAAGAAAGUUUAUUCGGGAAAAGACGGGAAUAAGGAUAAGUUUGCUGUCAAAGGAGUAUCUAUUGCUUUGCAAAGCGGAGAAUGUUUUGGUUUGCUUGGACCGAACGGUGCCGGCAAAACUUCUUUGAUCAACAUGAUGAUUGGACUUGUAAAACCAACAUCAGGAAACACAUUUGUUCAGGGACUUAACAUACAAACUGAAAAAGAUAAAGUAUACUCUAGCAUGGGUGUAUGUCCACAGAAUGAUAUGCUGUGGGAGAUGCUGACAGGAAGAGAACACCUAAUGUUUUAUGGAAGAUUGAAGAAUCUCAAGGGUGAAGCUUUGAUGCAAGCUGUUGCUGAAUCCUUGAGGAGUGUUAAUCUAUUUCAUGGAGGAAUUGCAGAUAAAUUUGUUGGAAAAUAUAGUGGUGGGAUGAAAAGAAGGCUUAGUGUCGCAAUUUCACUUAUCGGUGACCCGAAAGUUGUCUACAUGGAUGAGCCAAGCACUGGAUUAGAUCCUGCUUCAAGAAACAACUUGUGGAAUGUUGUCAAGCAAGCGAAACAAAAUCGAGCAAUAAUUCUCACAACUCAUUCAAUGGAAGAGGCAGAGGUUCUUUGUGACAGAUUAGGAAUCAUUGUAGAUGGAAGCUUGCAAUGCAUCGGAAAUCCGAAAGAGCUUAAAGCUAGAUUUGGAGGUUAUUAUGUUUUGACAAUGGCAACAUCUACAAAUGAAGAACAUGAGGUUGAAGUUCUGGUAAAUAAACUUUCUCCGAAUGCGAAAAAGAUAUAUCAUGUAUCAGGCACUCAGAAAUUCGAAUUACCGAAACAAGAAGUUCGAAUUGCCGAUGUUUUUCUUGCCGUUAAAGAUGCCAAGAGCAAAUUCAGUGUGCAGGCAUGGGCUUUAUCUGAUACAACCAUGGAAGACGUCUUCAUUAAAGUUGCAAAAGAAGCCGGAUCGAUAUAAGUUUCAUUAUGUUAAUGAAUUUGAUCCUUUGGCU